AUGGCGAGACACCGACUUACCGGGGUGUUCGUUGCCAUCAAAAUAUUGAACAAGCUGGAUGAGAAAUUCAUAUACGUUCAGUCAGAAGUGGACAUCUUGAAGAUGUUGCAUCACCCCAAUAUUGUCACCCUAUUCGAAAUCAUUGAGACAGAACAGAACAUCUAUCUGGUUCAGGAACUGUGCCAGGACACGCUGUCUAAGCACAUCACAAAGGGGGGCAUGGAGGAGGAGAAGGUCCGCACGAUAUUCCGGCAAGUUGUGGAAGCCGUUCGCUACUGCCAUGACAGAGGGAUAGCCCAUAGGGAUAUCAAGCCGAACAACAUCAUGAUGGAUGCUGCAGGCAAGGUCACGCUAAUAGACUUUGGCAUGGCAACGACGUUCAGAGCAGGGGAGAAGUUCACCACGUACUGUGGGGGGUUUUCAUACAUCCCACCCGAAGUUUUCAUGCAUCAGCCCUAUGAUGCCUCAAAGAAAGACAUGUGGACCUUGGGCGUCCUAUUAUACCACAUGAUCACUGGCACUCGCCCAUUCGAAUGGACAACGACGCGGAAGGAGCAGAGACGGAAGAUAAUCAGGGGGAAGUACGAAGUACCCAGUCACGUCUCCGAAGAAGUGAGAGAUCUGAUCAGCCACCUGCUAAAAGUUCGUCCGGAUCAGAGGAGUGCCGCAAAUGAGGUGAUAAAACACCCAUGGCUCCAGCGAGGCCAAGAGUCUCCCUCAAAAAUAGGGAAGACAUUCCACAAGAGGCUGGACCCUGCCAUCCUGGUUGCCAUGAAAUCUAUUGGGCUAAAUACAAGAGAGACUUGUAUUUCAAUUAUGGAAGGGCAAUUCAACAGCUUAAUGGCAGUCUAUCUGUUCUUAGAGCACCAGGCAUGCAGGAAGCAUGAGGACAAGGCCCAAGACACAACAAGUCCUGGGAAGACACAAUUCCCCACCCACAUUCAUCCUUCUCACUUCUCCCUGGCCCUCAAACGAACAAAAUCCCAGCUAAGCCUUAAAGAGCAAAAGCAGCCCAAGGAAGGUGAGCAGGCUCCUCUGAAUAUACGAAGAGCGUCCAGUGCCCCCAUCAUACAGAAUAUGGCCACUCUCACCCAGGGUUCCAUUUCUCCUUGGCCCUUCACGGCUCAAGGCACCGCCAUCCCUGUAGCAUCCCCCUGUUAUACGAUUGGCCAGUGGAGCAGUCUGGAGUUUCCAGAAAAGAUAGAAAAGCAUAUAGCCUCGGCGCAGGGAAGCCAAGGCCAGGCAAGCCAUCCAGAGCCCUGCAAAGCAUCAGCAGCCUCCACCUGUGCUCCUAAAGGCCCAGACCAGCCUGCAGCCCCUACUCAGGGCCCAAGAAGGCGCUGGAGGCUGUGGCAGCGAAUACAGCACUGCUUCCGCCAACUGUGUUCCUGUGUCAGGCCACACCAGGGCUCAAGUGACAGAAAUCGGGUAUUCCCAGGGUGA